CUCAAAGCAUGGAGAGAUUCUGCGAGCAGUUUUCUGCCAUCCAAGCUGCAGCAAUAGAACCACGGCUUAGAAAACCCAUGGAAAAGGAGAAACUGGCCAAAAUGGGCAACGAGGACUUGAGGAAGGCAGAGGAGUUUGUGCUGCUGAUGCGCAAGCAUUACAUGUCCACACUCGCUGUCUCCUCUGACAAAAGUCCAACCUGUGGCCAGAUACUGCCUAUCCUCCAAAAGUUGGAGGCACAUUAUACAGUGCAGGAAGAGGACUCUGCAUUCGUGAGGAGCGUUAAAGUGAACAUUUGGAGCGAUCUCUCAAAACGCUACCAGGAUGCUGAUGUCAAGGCAUUCCUGGAGGAGGCCACCGUGUUAGACCCCAGAUUUAAAACAAAACUGGAUAGGGAAGAGAUCUGGGACAGGGUCAGGGAAGCAGCAGUGGCAGCAAACUCGGAGGCAGCUGCAAAUGAGUUGUCAGAGCAAGGAGAGACACAGAGGCAGGGGGAUGAAGAGGAGGAAGAUGAUGACUAUACACCAGCCAUAAAGCAGAGUAAAAGGACAGCCUUGGAGGAACUCUUUGAAGAGGAGGACCGUGAGCUGCAGUCCCUGCAACAACAGCAGCUCCCUGAGUCCAUGGCCCAGAGAGUCCAUCAAGAGGUCCAGCUGUACAGAAGUCUGCCCUCCAUCCCCUCUACAAAUCACGCCACCCUUUGGUGGUGGCACAAGAGAGACACUUUACCCCUGCUGUCAGGUUUGGCUGAGUCAUAUCUUUGUGUUCAGGCAUCCUCCACCCCAUCUGAGAGAGUGUUCUCCACGGCUGGAGACACAAUAAGUCCCGAGAGAUCACGUAUCCUCCCGGAGAAAGCAGACAUGCUUAUAUUUCUGCACAAGAAUUGUUAAUGAUGGUUGCACACUUGGUAUUUGCCACUGCUCGUUUCAUUUUUGGCAGCUCAGUUCUUGUUAAUAUACCCUUUAAAAAAAAGGAAGGAGCACUUUAAUUUCUAGUUUAAAUUAAACAGAAUACAUUUUAUUUAAGUUAUGUAAGUUUUAUUUUAAGUUCAAGAGUAAUAUCGUGUAAAUGUUUUUGGUUAUUUAAAAAAAGUAAAUGUAUAUGUAUACAUACUGUGUGUGUGCAGCAUUAUAUAAAAGAAAAUGUAUG